CAGCUCUGGAAGAGAUAUUUAGACUGAAAAUUCGAACAGACGACUUGGAGGACUCAAGCCAACUGAAAACCAUUCGAAACGGCGAAGAGUAUGAUGUCGGAAAGAUUUUCAGCCAUCUUCAAAUAACUCAAAGACCGAGACCAGUUAUAAAUUUAAGACCAAAUGGGGGCCAUCUCGUGAUCCAUAAAAAUAAUAAUGAUAAAGAUCAUAAGCCUCAUCAUCUUUCUCACAACGACGAAUAUAUUCCAAUUAAGAUACCGUCAGAUACGGAAUACGUUAUAAAACCACUGCAUGAUAGUCAUCAUAACCAUGGCGGGUACUACAUAACAAAGCCUGAGGUACAGGAUCAUCACAAUCAUCAUGGAGAAUAUAAUCACGAAUACAAUAUUCAUGAGAAUGGACAUAAUAAUCAUGAAUACAAUAAUCAUGAACACUUCAAUGGAUACAACGAUCAUAAGUAUCCUCAUGAUUAUUAUCCGAAUUACUAUCAAAGUAGACCUUAUAAUCAUGGAAACAAACCGUCAACUCAUGGAUCGUAUGGUCAUUCACCAAGACCUUCAAUUGACUCUUAUUAUUAUAAUGGACAUCAUUCCAGUAAACCCCAUGAGAACUACCAUGGUGACUACAAACCUCCUCAUAGUCAUGUUCCUCAUGGUGAAUCCAGCUUCCAUCAUGAUCAUAAACCGUAUUACCAUGGAAAUCACGAUAAUUAUGCACAUUUGAAUCAUAAAUACCACGAGAAACCAAACAUAGGAUACGAUUUCCAUCAUGAUAAUCACCGACCCUACCAUAAUGGAUAUGAAUCACAUUCUAAUAGUCAUUCGUCUCAUGAUAAACCUCUCCAUAGUUAUUACAAUUAUUAUGAUAUCCAUAAACAUGGAGAUAAUAGUCAUUUUCAUGGGCCUUCGAAUGAAAAUCAUGAACCUUAUCACCAUUAUGAUCAAUUCAACCAUCAUGAUGAUAAAAAUGACUAUCAUUCAAGCUCACACAAGCCCACACAUAAUAUUUACAAACCAAGUGAACCAGCUCAUAAACCACAUAAAAACUAUCAUCACAAACCAUCAAAGCCAUCUCAUCCACAUGGAUCCAAUGGAGAUUCACACAAUCAUCAUGGUCUAUCUCAUCAUGAAGGAAAUUUGUGGAAGCCUUAUGUGAGUGGUGUUAACAAUCAUAAAACAGUUAAACAUAAAGACAAACCGAAGCGUUAUCAGCUACAGGAACAGAAUGAGCAAAUCAAAAGUAAUUCGGAAUCUUCAAUUAGUGAGGCAUCAUUUCAUACGGAGAGGCUUGAAUCUACAGUCAGACUUCAGAAGGACAAAACUGUCAAUCAUACCGAAAAGAACUUACACUCCACUGCUAAACCAAUGCAUGGCUCAGUUGAAAAUACCACCAAUUCAGCUAUGAAUGUACAUGUGGAUAAAAUCUCUGAAAGCACUUCUCCAACUCAAACAGGAGGACAUGUGAUGCACAUUAUUGUCAACAAGAAUAAAAAUACUCAUGGACCACUCAGUUCACACAUUCAACAUACUUCCAAACCAAAUACUUACAAAAACAAAACGUCACCAUUGAUAACUGAAACCAACACUGAGUAUGGGAAUAAUUCAAAACCGCAUUCAACCACUUCAUAUGAGAAGCCGAAACCAAUUCUUGUCACUGCUUCAAAUAGACCAAAUACAUCUCAUAACCAUGCGAGUGAGACACACUCAAACGUAGAUAGACCUGAACAGAAGCCUGAUAACUUUACUCCUGAACAUGAACCGAACAAUAACAAUCACUUUCCGAAUGAACACCAUGGCAAUCAUUAUGGAGUAAUAGAGCCAGUUUUUGAAACGCAGUUCCCAUCGUCUGGAGCCGUUUCAGGCAUUGAGGAGAACUCCGAUCUUCAUCAACAACUAAUUUUCAUGCCAAAUAAUGGGGAGAGCUCAGAUGAGUUUGUUGAGAACUCAUAUGAGCUUAUCUCAUCUCAUGAAGGCAAUCAUCAUGAACCUCAUAGCUCUUUAGAACUAGGAGGUGCAACUGGAGAUUAUCAGAUCAAUAACCCUCAUCAUCAUAAUAAUGGCCCAUAUUUUCAUGAAAAUUAUAACUUGGAUCUUCAAAGUGGGGAAGAAUCGUCUGAUAAAUCGGGAGAAGAUAACUAUGGAUCUUACCACCAAUCCAACAAUCAUCAAUGCCAUACUCCUGGGAAUCAUGAUUAUCAUCAUCAUAGCAAACCCAAUAGUCAACAAUCACACUCACAGAAACCAAGCUAUAAUUCUUAUCCCCAUCGAACUCAUUAUCAUGGUCAUCACAAUAAUGAAAGACCAAAUAGAUUUAGCUCUUCUCAUAAACUAGAGUUCAAUGAUUAUCACAAAGAGCUAUACAGACCUUAUCAGGAUGAACAGAACUCACAUAGCAAUCAUCAUAAUUACUAUGAGAAGCCUGUGAGUAAUUAUCACACUCAUCAGGUGUCAAAACCAUUCAGCAUCGAUCAUGGAUCUCCUUAUGGUGUUUCAGGAAUUUUCAUAAAUAAUUUCAAGAAAAGGCCCAAUUUUUGGUACAAUCAUAGAAGUAGUGAAUAUGAGAAUAGUAUAGAGACAUUCAGAGAUGAUGAUUAUAGGGAGAGAAGACGCAACAGUGGAGGAGAUAGCUCUCUCAGGAAAAGUGUAGAUAUCAAAGAUGAAGAAGAUUAUCGGAGCAGAUCACAUACAUCCAAAAACUCUGGCUAUGAGUCUGUGUAUAAAAAGUCAUCUAAAUAUGAUGUCGGAAAUCCUCACUCAAGCUCAAGGAGGUAUCAGUAUAGUGAUAUCGAUUCUUCCGAUGAAGAAUAUAGUUACUCCAUCCCUGAGACCUUUUUAGGAAACUUUAGAGAUGGAAGACCACCAACUAUUGAAUAUGAUUUGAAAGAAGGAUAUAACAAUCAUUUGAUACAAGAAGCAGAGAAAGCAUUGGCGUAUGUGAUGAAUCCAUAUGCUUAUAGGCCUAAUAUUGUUCAGCAUAAUGGAUUGCAGCAUACCAGUCACCAGGGUUUGCUUAUCGAUCCAAAUCAUCACCAACAACAUAAUAUAUACAACUACAUACAGCCACACCACGGACAUCACAGCAAUCGCCAUGAAUAUGCUACUUCAACCCCCAAGUAUCAUCAUUCUGUGGGUCUUGAAACAACACACACACCAGGUCACAACCCAAGCAUACAUAGUGCAGGCCAUCAUAAUACACUUGCUCAUGAACAUCCGGAAGCAUUGCAUAGCCAUCAGUCUAAUAACAUUCCAGUCAAGUAUGUGUACAUCCCUGUCUUGAACAAUUUUCAACCUUAUAUGCAGGAGUAUGCAACAAAAAUGGCAAUACCAUCAAGUUUGAGUUCUAAUACUCUCAGUUCAAACCUCAAAUUGAAUAGAUCGAAUGCAGAUUACUCCAAAAGAUUGGCUUCAUCUCAAUCAAGUUCAGCAGUGAAUAGUCAAGAACAAGUUGUUAAACCUUCAAUGAAAAUUUUUGAAGCACCAAUUCGUAUUUCCUCAUCUCUUCCAGUAGAGACUCCACAAGUUGUACACGAGAGCUCUCCUUUAUUAUUACACCUCCUGAACAGUCCUAAGCUAACCUACCUAGAGGCAUUUCCUGGAAAUGUAGACUUGAAUGCACGUGAUAGUAAAGAGCAUUUGAGAAGAGUUGAACUCUUGGAGGAAGAGGAAGAAGUUAAAGUUGAAGCCGAAGAUGAUGACAAACCUAUCACAUCAAAUUGGCAUCAAACUCAGGAACUACAUGAGAAAUAUUCAUCAAAAUGCAAAGACGUUUGGGAUAGCAUUCUUUUUGCACAAAAAUAUGGUAUCGAGAAACAGGGACGUCCGUUUUCAAGGUCAAAAGAUGAAGUUUCAACUGCAGUCCAGGAGUUAGAGAAGAAAGUUGAGUCUCUGAUCAGCAGGAGGAAACGUUCGAAUACCCUGGAGCCAGAGUCAGGUCAGGAUUCUCUUGAAUCGAAUUGCAUAGAAGUAUUGAAAAAUGCACUGCUUUCACAAUUGGAAAUACUGGACAUAAAGCGGCGAGAAGAAAAAAACAAGGAUAACAAGGAUGGAACACAGACAAUGGACAAGUUGGAAGGUGAUGAUCUGAGAUUGGCAGAGUCAAUUACAGUACCUGAGUCAGUACCAGUGAACGAACUAAAAAAAGAUGACUUGCCUAUCACAUUCGAAAGUGAGCAGCAAGUUGAAAUGAAUGAUAGAGUAGAGGCUGAACAGCAGGAAAGCCUGGAUUCCAGUCAAGACUAUCAUUGGUGAUAAGUCAUAGAAGCCUUCUUCUCUAGUGGGAUAUUUUUGGCCAAGCAUUUCUAGUCCCAUCUCUAUUCGAAGAGGUUUGACACAAAUCUGGCUAAUCUACUAAGUCGACUCUAACAUAAGUCCCCAUUAAUGUUUAAUCAUACUGUAUACUGUAUUAAUCAUUCCAUACUGUAUUGAUUGCCCUUAAAAUAAACAUACAUUUCCCUAUUCUGCUUGUAA